GUGGGACCUGAGUCUGGGCAUUAGUCUAAAAUGUCGGACGCUGUAACACAUCACAAGCAACGGGUGCCUCCGUUUUUGAGACAGCUGCUGGCAGUCAGCGGCAUAGUCCUGUACAUGAUAGGUACAGGUGCAAAUAUAGCUUUCCCAGCUGUACUUCUGGAGCAGCUGCGUCAACCCAACGCCGACAUCAAACUGACCACAGAACAUGAGUCUUGGAUAGCUUCGUUACUCGGUCUGGCUCUAAUCAGCGGUAUCGUAACAGCGCCAUGGAGUCUGCAGAAGCUGGGCCGACGCACCACUAACCAACUGAGCUGUCUACCGACCCUGGGCGGCUGGGCGCUGCUCGCUGCUGCCAGGGGACCCGCCACCUUACUGACCAGCAGAGCACUACAGGGUUUCGGUAUGGGGCUACAAGCUGCAUCAGCACCAGUCUCCAUCGCCGAGUACUCAGCGCCUAAGCAUCGUGGUGCCUUUCUGGCAACCAUCGCCUUCUCUUUUGCUACUGGGAUGCUGGUAGCUCACCUCUUCGGGACCCUCCUGUACUGGCGACAAGCUGGAAUAGCCUGCGGGGCCUUCUAUGCCUUAUCCCUUAUUCUAAUCUCUCUGACCCCAGAAACUCCUCCGUAUCUAGCAUCCAAAGGUCUUUAUGCAGAAUGCAGAAAAUCCUUCAGAUGGUUCAGAGGUUACGACUACGCCUCAGAAAAAGAAUUGGAAGUGCUCCUCAACUCACAAAAGAAACAAGAAAUUGUAAAAGAGAUGUCAAAAUGGGUGCUCUACAAAAGCAUUUUAAGAAAACCGGAAUUCUACAAACCAACUCUAAUAAUGAUGUUCAUGUUUAUUCUUUUCCAAAUAUCUGGUAUGACAGUAGUCCCCUCCUAUACCGUGCCCAUGAUGAAUGAGGUAACAGCUGCCAGUAUAGACUCGUACACGAGUAUGCUGAUGGUAGACGUGGUGAGGUUCAUCACAGCCGUGUUAGCGUGUAUUGUCGUUAACAAACUCAACAGGAGAACGGUUCUGUUCCUUGGAAUUAUCAUAACUGUAAUCUCCUUGUUCUUGACAGCACUUCUCCUUUAUCUCCGUGACUUCGGCUACUUACCUCACGAUUACAAAUGGACUCCAGUCAUACCAACAUUGACAUAUAUUUUCGGAAAAACUCUGGGUAUUCUUCCAAUUCCUUGGGCGAUAGCAGGAGAAAUAUUUCCACUGGCUUACAGGAGCUUGGGUAGCGGAAUAUCUGGAAUGUUCUUGUCGAUCAUGUUCUUUGUUGUGGUUAAAACUGCCCCGAAUUCUUUUGCCAGUAUUGGAGUGAGCGGAACUUUUUGUUUGUACGGAGCUUUCACGGGUAUAUGCGGAGUUUUCUUAUAUUACCUACUGCCAGAAACUAAAGGCAAGACCCUAUAUGAAAUCGAAUGCUACUUUAAAGGUGUAUCUAGUGAAAUGAAAAUCGAGAACACGUGUGAGCACGAGAGGAUGUUGGAAGUGGUAAAAGUGGAAGGAGGGUGACAGGCAGAUAAGACUGAUGAGGAACUGCAAACAGCUCUUGAAGCUGGUCAAGAUGGAAAGAAAGAUUGUAAGCAUCCGCAAUGUUAGUUGCAGUAAGCACUGUAAAGUGUAUUCAUUUGUCACAUU